UCCCGCAAUUACGUCAUAGUUACAGAGCGUAGCCAUCACAUGUCACGUGAUGCAUCCGCCAUUACAACCGUGAAACCCGUGAGCCGUGAAAGAUGUAUAAAGAUGGAGGGGGUGAAUCUUGUGCGGUAUUUAACUGUUUUAACAACAGAAAAAAAAUUUAUUUGUGGAAGCAGUCUAUCUGCAAACUUCACGGUGACAUUCUCCACAAAGAUUGUCCGUGCAUUGUUCCAUACAGCCUUCACAAGAUGCCUAAAGCGGAGCCCGAAAAACUUCAAUGGCAACGAGCACUGCAUCGCAAUGAUUUGCCGAAGAAUGUGUUUGUAUGUUCAACACAUUUUAUAGAUGGGCGACCAACUGCAAGAAAUCCCAUACCCAGUCUGAAUUUAGGUUAUGAAGCUCCCAUAAAAGUUGGUCGUCGACUUUUGAAAAGGAAGUUUGUUGCAGAACAAAAGACGGAUGGGACAGAAGUUAUAAAACAAGGAGGAGAGAUUUUUCAAAAACUGGCUGCUACUGCUGCAGAUGAAGUCGAAACCCUCAACAUUCAAACUGAACCAAACAUGACAUCUUCUUCUGUGCAGACGAGCAUGACAGAAAGCAGAACUGCAGGCACACAGUGGACGGAUCUCACACUGUGUGAACAUGAAUAUGCAAGAACAUUCCUUGCAGGAUCCAGGAAUUCAGGUACACAAACAACAGUCAUCAAGACGGAGGAAAAAGGUGUAAACUGCAGCACUCUACACGUACGUCUCAGUGCUGCUGACAUAACAACUAACUCCUUAGCCUUGCUUUACACAGGACUGCCAUUGAAGACUCUUAGAACUCUUUUGCGUGUUAUGGAAAGUUUGAACAACCCACUGACAUUUACUAUGCCUGUGUCAGAUCAAGUCUUACUAGUUCUUAUUAAAUUAAGGCUUAAUUUACUGUUUGCAGAUAUUGCCAACAGAUUUGGUAUAUCUGAGUCUCAUGCAUGCAAUAUUUUUAAUCAAAGACUCUCUUUUAUGGCUUCAAAACUUAAAAACUUAAUAGUUUGGCUUCCACGUGAAACAAUUAGAGCAACCAUGCCAAAGUCUUUUCGUGAGAACUUUCCCAAAACUACAGUCAUCAUUGAUUGUGCAGAAACUUUUAUUCAACGAGCAAAAAACUUAAAGACCAGAGGAGAAACAUAUAGUCACUACAAGUCGAACAACACAGGGAAGUAUUUGGUUGGUAUUGCACCACAUGGUCAGAUUAUGUUUAUAUCUAAGGGCUUUGGAGGAAGGUCUAGUGAUAAAGCAAUUGUGGAAGAAUCGGAUGAAUAUCAAUUACCUUCUUCCUGGGGAUGA